ACGCUGCACUUUCAUUUGACCACGCAGCCACCGCGGACGCGAUGCCGUGUUACCUUGCACCUCCCGGCGCACGUUAGCACUACCCCAGCUAUUUUUUGGGGCUCUAACCUUCUCCACAGUUCCCACACCUCCCUUUCCCUCUCCCUCUCUCUCUCUAAAAGCCAGUUUCCACUACAAGAAAGCCUCUGCUUAAAUCCAGUAGGUGUUGUGUUGGUGUACAUAUUUGGUAGUGUGAGAGAGAGAGAGAGACCCAUAAUUUGAAGACAUAGUCUGCUUAGGUUGAAGGGGGUAAUCUGAUUUUCAACGACAUUACCUUAUUGUUGCUCAAAGUUACACCUCUACUGCUUGAGAAUCAACCAUGCCUCAUGCGGCUGCUACGAGGUUUUUGUAUGAUUGGAGAAGUCACAAUAAUCGUGGAUGCCGUAAUCCAGAUGCUUGUCUUGUAGGAAAGGGUCGAGUGCAUAUGGUUAGCAUCAAUCUUCCGUCACAUGGUUUGCGACAGGGUGCCUGCAGUCUCCAUCUUUUAAGCAGUGUACGUGGCCCAAUAGGUCCAGUGUCUUCCAGAUGCAAUGUCUUCGUUUGCAGAUCUGUUUUAGGUCCAGGUGGAGGAAACGGGGUUCCUGUUCUGAAAUCUGCUACUCUUGUUUUGACAAGGUCCUAUGAUACUUUACGUGGAAGCCCUGCUUUACUUAAAUUGAUCCCAGCAGUGGCUAUCAUUGCUUUUGCUGUUUGGGGUAUUGGGCCACUAUUGCGUCUCGGCAGGGUUAUUUUUCUUCGACGGAAUGAUAAUACUUGGAUGAAAAGUAGGUCACACUAUGUCAUGACUUCUUACCUUCAGCCCUUGCUUCUCUGGACUGGAGCGACACUUUUAUGCAGAGCAUUGGAUCCUGUAGUCCUACCUUCAGAAGCUAGCCAGGCUGUCAAGCAACGUCUUAUAAAUUUUACACAAUCAUUAUCAACAGUGUUGGCAUUUGCCUAUUGUUUGUCAAGCUUAAUUCAACAAGCACAAAAGUUCUUUAUGGAGACAAGAGACCCAAGUGACACAAGAAAUAUGGGCUUCAAUUUCGCUGGAAAGGCGGUUUAUUCUGCAGUUUGGGUUGCUGCGGUAUCAUUGUUCAUGGAAUUGCUGGGAUUCUCAACCCAGAAAUGGGUAACGGCUGGGGGUCUUGGCACAGUAUUGCUUACCCUUGCUGGUCGUGAGAUAUUCACAAACUUCCUUUCAAGUGUAAUGAUCCAUGCCACACGCCCAUUUGUUGUUAACGAAUGGAUCCAGACUAAGAUUGAAGGUUAUGAAGUUUCUGGUACUGUUGAGCAUGUGGGUUGGUGGUCUCCAACAAUUAUAAGGGGCGAUGAUCGUGAAGCAGUUCACAUUCCAAAUCACAAGUUCACUGUAAAUGUUGUCCGGAAUCUUAGCCAGAAAAGUCAUUGGCGAAUCAAGACUCACCUCGCAGUCAGUCACUUGGAUGUAAAUAAAAUUAAUACUAUAGUAGCUGAUAUGCGCAAGGUUCUGGCAAAAAAUCCUCAAGUAGAGCAGCAAAGGUUGCAUAGAAGAGUUUUUCUGGACAAUAUUAAUCCAGAAAAUCAGGCUCUUAUGAUUUUGGUGUCUUGCUUUGUUAAAACAUCUCAUAUUGAGGAGUAUCUCUGCGUCAAGGAGGCAAUACUUUUGGAUCUUCUCAGAGUUAUUAGCCAUCACCAUGCCCGGCUUGCCACACCCAUCCGCACAGUCCAGAAAUAUUACAGUGAGGCUGACUUGGAAAAUGUGCCAUUCGCUGACACCAUUUUCACUCGUUCUAGGGCAGCCACUAAUCGUCCGUAUCUACUUAUUGAACCAUCUUACAAAAUCAGUAGUGACGACAAAGGCAAGGCUUCAACUCGCACAAUGCGUACAAAUGGAGAAAAACAGGCCCAAGCUGAAGCAGCCUCACCAUCUGACUCCAAGGGAUCAGAUGCUAAAGCUGGGCCAGCCGUAACACAUGCACAAACUGACGAUAAGGUUGCAGCGACUUCAAGUUCCAACUCAAGUACAACCUCUAAGACUUCUGAAAUGCCAACACCCGAACCCCAAACUUGGAAUCCCACAUCUGAUGAUUCAGUUAGAAACAACUCCGAAAUGCUGCAGUCCAAGAACGAGAGUAUAAAAUAUCCAGGGAAGGAGACAGGAGCUGAUUCCAAAGGUGUGUCUCCACAAAAGGUGACGGCUAAGAAGCCUCAUGUUGCUUCACCCGAGACUGGUAGCGAAAAAGCAGAUGUUCCUUUGACCACUACACAGCCAAAGCAAGAUGGCGAGAAGCCUGUUGCAGCACCAUCGACAGCUAGGCCUCCAUUAGAAGAGAAUAUUAUCCUUGGCGUUGCUUUGGAGGGCUCAAAGCGAACGCUUCCAAUCGAGGAGGAUAUGACUCCAUCUCCUAAUGCAGUAUCAAAAGAAUUCAGUGGCAGCCGUAAUGGUGGCGGGUCUCCUUCCGUUGGCACGGAUGUGAAGGAUGGUUAGAUGUCCAUGCGAACUGAAUAGCAGGACCGAGAAGGCUACGUACAAUGUCAUAUUCUAAUUGAAGUGUAAAAAAUGCAUGCGGCUGAGUUUUUGAAGCUGCCAUUACAUUGUCUUCCAUGAUUGUUUGAAAAUCUGUUGGUCUCAGUCUGAAACGACCAGUUUCUCCAUGCCCUGUAAUGAAUAACUCAAAGGAAAGAAGAAAAAAGGUACCCUUUGGACGCGUUUAUUAACCA